CUGACAAGGAGAGAGAAGGAGAGAGAGAAAAUCGGACAUAUAAAUUGUAGAGAUAGAGAGAGAUCAGUAGUGCGCAGCUCGUCUUUCAUAAUUUUCUCUUUUCCCCCUUUUAUAAUUAGUUUUCUACUAACACAGAGAGAGAUGGAGGGUGGGGCUCCGGCGGCGGCGGACACCGUCAUGUCGGAAGCAGAGCCGCAGCAGCAGCCGCAACCUCCGAUGGAUCACAUACCGUCGACGUUCAGCCACGGCGGCCGAUUCAUCCAAUACAAUAUAUUCGGCAACAUCUUCGAGGUCACUGCCAAAUACAAACCCCCAAUCAUGCCUAUCGGGAAAGGGGCAUACGGCAUCGUUUGCUCUGCUUUGAAUGCCGAGACGAAUGAGCACGUGGCCUUGAAGAAGAUAGCGAAUGCGUUUGACAAUAAAAUUGAUGCGAAGAGGACUCUGCGAGAGAUCAAGCUUCUUCGGCACAUGGAUCAUGAAAAUGUGGUUGCCAUCAGAGAUAUAAUUCCACCGCCUCAAAGAGAGGUAUUUAAUGAUGUUUAUAUUGCAUAUGAACUUAUGGACACUGAUCUCCACCAAAUCAUCCGUUCUAAUCAAGCUUUGUCAGAGGAGCAUUGCCAGUAUUUCUUGUAUCAGAUUCUUCGAGGAUUGAAGUAUAUACAUUCAGCAAAUGUUCUCCAUAGGGAUUUAAAGCCUAGCAAUCUUCUUCUUAAUGCAAAUUGUGACCUAAAAAUUUGUGACUUUGGACUGGCACGGGUCACAUCUGAAAGUGACUUCAUGACGGAGUAUGUGGUUACAAGGUGGUAUCGGGCACCAGAGCUAUUGUUAAAUUCAUCUGACUACACUACAGCUAUUGAUGUAUGGUCGGUUGGGUGCAUUUUCAUGGAAUUGAUGGAUCGGAAACCGUUGUUUCCGGGUAGAGAUCAUGUACACCAGUUGCGUCUUUUGAUGGAGCUGAUUGGCACGCCAUCUGAAGCUGAGCUAGGAUUGCUGAAUGAAAAUGCGAAAAGAUACAUUAGGCAGCUCCCCCCUUAUCGCCGGCAAUCAUUUACAGACAAGUUUCCUCAUGUGCACCCCCUUGCCAUUGAUCUCGUCGAGAAGAUGCUGACUUUUGAUCCUAGACAAAGGAUUACAGUUGAAGGUGCAUUGGAGCAUCCGUACCUUAACUCGCUCCACGACAUCAGUGACGAACCUGUUUGUGUGACUCCCUUCAACUUUGACUUCGAACAACAUGCGUUGACGGAGGAGCAGAUGAAGGAGCUCAUCUACCGGGAGGCUCUUGCUUACAAUCCUGAAUAUCAUCAGCCCAUGUGAAAAAAGAAAAUCGUAUGCGAACAAAUUGUUUGUGGAAUUGUUGAGUAGUGUGAUGCCGUGUUGUAUGUGAUAUUGGAUCAGUUUCUUGUAUAUAACAGUCCAUCUUAGAAAGUUGGGCAAAAAAUCUUGAAUUAGAUGUUGAUAUUUAUCUAGACUGCCCUGUGAAAGGGCCGCGGCCGGCGCUAGGGUUUGGGGUCUGUUGUGGUGGUGGUGGUGGUGGUGGUGUUACGGCUAAGGAACAAAAUGACAUGUGUUAAUGGUUGCCUUGUAUCUUUCGUUCAUCUCAACAUUUUCUAACUAUUUGAAUCUUUGGAUUUAUUUUUUUA